AUGCCGGCGGGCACCACAGUCUCGGGCCCGCUCGCCGGAGGAAGCCCUCCUCCUCUCGGGCCGCCCCCCACCGCCGGCGGAGAGUGCGUUUCCAGGCAACGCCGGCGGCGUCACUUCCUGCCAUUUAAACUCAAGCCCACCCUCGCGGCGGCGGCGGAGCCCGCGAGCUCUGCCCAGCCCACGCCGCAGGCCCAGGCCCAGCCUCCGCCGCCGCCGCCUGGGGCGCCAUCCUCGCAGCCGCCCGCGGCGCUCGCGGCUGCAGGUAGCAGCCGGCACGAGAAGAGCCUGGGGCUGCUCACCACCAAGUUCGUGUCGUUGCUGCAGGAGGCGCAGGACGGCGUCCUGGACCUCAAGGCGGCUGCAGAUACUUUGGCUGUGAGGCAAAAGCGAAGAAUUUAUGAUAUCACCAAUGUCUUAGAAGGAAUUGAUCUAAUUGAAAAAAAAUCUAAGAACAGUAUCCAGUGGAAGGGUGUAGGUGCUGGCUGUAAUACUAAAGAAGUUAUAGAUAGAUUAAGAUUUCUUAAAGCUGAAAUUGAAGAUCUAGAAUUGAAGGAAAAAGAACUCGACCAGCAGAAGUUGUGGCUACAGCAAAGCAUCAAAAAUGUGAUGGAAGACUCCAUUAAUAACAGGUUUUCCUAUGUAACACACGAAGACAUCUGCACUUGCUUUAAUGGUGAUACACUGUUGGCCAUUCAGGCACCUUCUGGUACACAGCUGGAAGUACCUAUUCCAGAAAUGGGUCAGAAUGGACAAAAGAAAUACCAGAUAAAUUUAAAGAGUCACUCAGGACCUAUCCAUGUGCUGCUUAUAAAUAAAGAGUCCAGUUCUUCCAAGCCAGUGGUUUUUCCUGUCCCCCCACCUGAUGACCUCACACAGCCUUCCUCCCAGUCAACAUCAAUGACUCCAGAGAAAUCCACCACGGCUGCUCAGAACCUGCCUGAGCAGCAUGCUUCUGAAAGAAGCCUGAGUUUCCAGCAGACACCAGCUACAGGAAUCCCUUCAGGAUCUAUUAGCGGAGACAUCAUUGAUGAACUGAUGUCUUCUGAUGUGUUUCCUCUCUUACGGCUCUCUCCUACCCCAGCAGAUGACUACAACUUUAAUUUAGAUGAUAAUGAAGGAGUUUGUGAUCUGUUUGAUGUUCAGAUACUAAAUUAUUAGAUUCCAUGGAAACCUGGGACUGUUAUCUACCUCUAACUGUAAACAUUUUAGAAUUCUUCAUAACCUAUGUAUUUAAAAUUAUGAACGUAACUCCUUUUUAGUUCACCGAUUCUGGAGUGUUCUUCCCUAACAUUUUAUUUUUGACUUCACAAAACUUGAAAGGCUCUGACUGCUUCUGGGGCAAUGAUAAACUGUGUACCAGCAUGCCCUCCGAUGACUAUACUCUGUUUCUUUCAAAACUGGAUUCUUCUGUAGCCCCUCUCCUGAAAGUUAAUGUUGCCCAGAUCACUUACUUGUCUUACGUUUUUUACUGCCACGAUGUUGUUUUCAUGUGUCCUUCAAAAAGACAUUCACUGCCACAUAUAAAGUGAAGGAUGUCACUGUUGAGUGAACAGAUUUUGUGAAGUGCCUUCUGUUUUAGCACUUUAAGUCUAUCAGUUUGUUGACUUCUGACAUUCCAAACUUUCCUAGAGUAUAGGAAAGAUCUGUUUAUGUAGUUUGUUUUUAAAAUGUGCCAAUGCUUGUACAUUAACAAGAUUUAAAAAAUAAAGUAUGAAAUACUCAA